AUGACUCUGACUUCUGUUAGAGACUGGUUUUGUACGGUGGCAUCUGGAGACCUGGACACCGUGAGGGAUAACAUUGAUACAUAUGCUGGCGCCCGGUCGUGGAACGGUGACACAGCCCUCAUGGUUGCGGCCCGGUACAACUACUCUGAAGUGGUGCGAACUUUGGCCCCAAUUGAGCAUGGCUUACGGAAUCAGGAUGACUACACUGCUCUAUUCAUCGCAAUAAACUACGACAGCAUUGCGGCAGUGGAGAUUCUUGUUCAUUAUGAAGCGUACCUAAGUAUCAAGGAACGGUUAACACCGCUGCACUAUGCAGUAGCACUCAAUAGAUUAUCCUGCGUCCAGCCUCUAAUGACAUCCCUGGGCCACGAGCGGGACGCUAAGGGUCGGAUACCUACGGAUUUGGCGUAUUUAAUGGGUCACUUUGAUAUAGCCAUUUUUCUCUCAAUACGGGGCUACAACUGCACGCCUGGCAUAAUCUCGUCAAUGAUGAUAGACCAUGUGCACCAUUUCUACAAGGUCUAUUUCGAAGCAGCAUAUGAUACCUUCGGUGCUGAAUAA